AAUGGAGAGGUCGUCUGGAUAUCUCUGCCGCCGGAGAACGCCUUGAACACAGCGGGACGCGGUGCCAGUCAAGCAUCGCCUGAUAUGGACAAUGCUGACUCUGUCCCGAAGGAGGUGUGGGAAGCUCUAGAUCAAGCCACAACAUCACCUGUAUACUUCCUGCUGGUAUUGGGAGUCGGUGGUUUGAUUGGGGGGUUGGUCGUGCUUUACGUUCUCCUAUCCCUAUUCGCUCCGAUCCCACGACCGCCCCGACAAUCCGAGAAACGAUACAUUACUGUGAACGAGGAUGGCCAGACAUCAAGCCCGCGACUACUGCCAUGCUGGUACGACAGCAAUGUCGCCCUGAAGGAAUUGGCAAAGAGCAAGGAGAUCUCACGGGAAGAGUCGUUUCAAAUUGACGAUGCUGAGAUCUUCAUGUCUCUGGUUAUUCCGGCAUACAACGAGCAAGAUCGAUUGAGUGGGAUGUUGGAGGAGGCAGUGGAGUACUUGGAGGAGCAAUACGGAGACCAUGCGAUGGCGAGCAAGAGCAGUAGCAACGGCCAUGCCAAUGGAAAACAAGGACAUGCUAGGAAAGGAUGGGAAAUCAUCCUUGUGAGCGACGGUUCGAAGGACAAGACUGUUGAGGUGGCUUUGAACUUCGCUCGGACACAUCAAUUGGGCAAACCUCCGCCUACUCCCCAAGGUCCAUGGAAUACUCCCGGUUCCGAGAAGCCUACAAGGAUAUUGCCUGGGACAAUCAGAGUUGUGCAAUUGGAGGUGAAUAGAGGCAAAGGAGGCGCUGUCACACAUGGUAUGAGGCAUGCGAGAGGAAAGUACGUCGUCUUCGCCGACGCAGAUGGAGCGAGUAGAUUCACAGAUCUCGGGAGUCUUGUCGAGGCGUGCGAGAAAGCAAAGGACAAAGAGGGUCGAGCAGUGGGCGUAGGUUCCCGAGCUCAUAUGGUUGGCACCGAGGCUGUAGUACAACGCUCCGCCCUGCGAAACCUCCUCAUGCGAGCAUUCCAUCUCGGGAUCUGGCUGCUCACGACUCCCCGUGUCGCGAAGAUCAAGGACACGCAGUGCGGCUUCAAGCUCUUCUCACGGCCUUCAUUACCUUACAUCGUUCCUUACAUGCACUCCGAAGGCUGGAUCUUCGAUGUGGAAAUGCUCAUGUUGGCGGAGAGUGCGGAUAUUCCUAUGGUUGAGGUGCCGAUUGGAUGGAAGGAGGUGUUAGGGAGUAAGCUCAAUGUCAUCAAGGAUAGUAUUGGGAUGGCGGUUGGGUUGGGGUUGUUGAGGGUUGCAUGGGGGAUCGGGGUUUACCGGAGAGAGUAGUGGUUCGUAUUCCUGUUGAAACAGCUGACAUCUG